UUUUGAAGUCGACAACCGUAACAAUGAGCUGUCGAUGGAAUACGGCGGGCACGUCUAGCGCUUUGCUCCCCGCCGGCAGCGCCAGCAUAUGUCAGGACUUGCUGCUGACCGAGAAGAAGCGAAAGGCAAAGGAGGAAGCGGUCCGUGAUCUGAACAAAGGUGGGAACUGCGCUCGGCAUCGCCGUGCGCAGUCGUGACUGACGUGAUUGUUUCUGUCGCCUGCAGCGCUACUAGAGGAGACGCUCACGCAGCUUCGAGGCAAAGCGCAGCAACUCCAGAAUGACAAGUGGAUGUAUCAAGACGUCCAGCUGUGAUGCACCUGGUGUCAUUAUGAACAAAGUACACUAUACGCUGCCUAUCGCGUUGAGUUUUUCAUGCUCUUGUUUGUAGUUUAACGUGACUAAAUCGGAUCAGACGCAAGCACUCCGUCGCCAACGCAGAAUGGCAAGCGAACUCUACCUUUUCCAGCUACCAAGUGGCUGGGUGUGUC